AUGGAGCAAAUGGAGAGGCGUUUCCAACGCAUGCUAGAACCCAUUCAAGAUGAGUUGCUGCAACUCCGAGCGUCUGGAACACCAAAAACCUCUAAGUCCUUGCGAAGGCGAAGGGGCGUGGAGGAGUCGUCCGAUGGUUCCAAUAAUGAUGAUGAUGAUGAGGAACCUCGAAUUCGACCAAGGCAAAGGAACCAGACUGGACCUACCGAUGUAUUCAAGGGAAUCAAGAUGCAAAUCCCUGAGUUCAAAGGACGGUCCGAUCCCGAGACCUUUCUCGAAUGGUUAUCCAAGAUCGAAAUGGUCUUUUCUUGCCAAAACUACACCGAGGUGCAAAAGGUGCAAUUGGCCACCAUGGAAUUCACUGAGUACGCUGUGGUUUGGUGGGACCAAAUCAAGAAGUCUAGAAGGAGAAAUGGGCUACCUGAGCUUAUUCCAUGGCCCGAGCUUCGAGCCAUGAUGCGCACCCGCUUUGUACCUGGACAUUACACUAGGGAUUUAUACCACCGGUUACAAACCUUAGUCCAGGGCAACCGGAGUGUGGAUGAGUACCACAAGGAGAUGGAGAUCCUAAUGCUUAGAGCGGAUGUACAGGAGGAUCCUGAAGCCACCAUGGCGAGAUUCUUGAGCGGGUUACGACCCGAUAUUGCUGAACGAGUGGAACUUCAACAUUAUAUGGAGUUACAUGAGCUUGUAGACAAGGCUAUUAAGGUCGAGCAAAGGUUCAAGCGGAGGGGUACCACUCGAUCGAAUUUCGGCAAUACCACCUACUCUACCAACCGCCCAUUCCAACCAAGGAAUGAUUCUCGGCCUUCACCAAAUGCUCCUACACCAAAGCCGAGAUUCGAGGGAGGUAAGGUGGGCAACCCUAGUAUUAGUAAGCCGCCCUCUUCUACUCCAAAAUUUGAGGAGUCUAGGGUACAAACUAGAGCUCGUGAUACUCGAUGCUUCAAAUGCCAAGGUAGAGGCCAUAUUGCUAGUCAAUGUCCCAAUCAAAGGACUAUGAUUAUGAUGCAAAAUGGUGAGAUCGUGAGUGAGGACGAAGCCGAGUACGAAGGCAUACUACCUCUUGACGGAGGUAGUGAUGGGGAAUCACCAAAUGAAGAGGAGUUUAAUGCACCCGAGGGUCAUUUUGGGACUGCAUUGGUUGCAAGGAGAGCAUUAACUGCACGUGUUAAGGAGGACGAGCUUCAACGGGAGAACAUCUUCUACACCAGGUGCUUCGUCAACCAAGCACUUUGUAGUGUGAUUAUUGAUAGUGGGAGCUGCACAAAUGUAGCUAGUUCACUCAUGGUGGACAACUUGAAGUUGCCUACAAGGGAUCACCCGCGACCCUACAAACUCCAAUGGCUCAACAACUCUGGGGAGGUUCGAGUAACCAAGCAGGUUCUUAUAUCCUUCCAAAUCCAUAAAUAUUCUGAUGAAGUAUUAUGUGAUGUAGUUCCUAUGCAGGCUAGUCACAUUAUACUAGGUAGGCCUUGGCAGUUUGACAGACAGGUGAUUUUUGAUGGUGUGACUAAUAAGUAUAGUUUCUUGUACAACAGUAAGAAAGUCACACUAGCUCCCCUUUCCCCCAAACAAGUGCAUGAGGACCAAUUGAAAUUGCAACAAGAGUUUGAGAAGUAUAGUGCAAAAAGAAAAGAAAAUGAGAGAGCCGAGGCAAAAAAAGAGAGAAAAAAGGCUAUAGAUAGCUCGGCAAGUGAGGUAAAAAUUGAGGGAAAACAAAUGCUUCUGAUCAAAGCCAAGAAAGUGAGGAAGUUAAUGAGAGAUGAGCAGCCACUUCUUAUGCUUGUUAGCAAAGAAGUAGCUCUGAAUGUGCAUGAACUUGAUACUAACAUACCUCUUGAGGUUAAGUCUCUGUUGCAGGAAUAUGCUGAUAUCUUCCCCGAGGACGUGCCAAGUGGAUUACCACCGCUUAGAGGCAUUGAGCACCAAAUAGACUUCGUCCCUGGAGCUUCGUUGCCAAAUCGGCCAGCUUACAAGAGCAACCCGGAGGAAACUAAGGAGUUACAAAGGCAAGUGGACGACUUGCUUGGCAAAGGAUGGGCACGUGAGAGCUUAAGCCCGUGCGCUGUCCCAGUCAUUUUGGUGCCCAAGAAAGAUGGUACGUGGAGAAUGUGCACUGAUUGUAGGGCCGUAAAUGCCAUCACGGUAAAGUAUCGCCACCCUAUACCUCGCUUAGAUGACAUGCUUGAUGAGUUACAUGGGGCUGUGUUCUUUACCAAAAUUGAUCUCAAAAGUGGGUACCAUCAAAUUAGGAUUAAGGAGGGGGAUGAAUGGAAAACUGCCUUUAAAACUAAGUAUGGAUUGUAUGAGUGGUUAGUGAUGCCUUUUGGGCUCACUAAUGCACCUAGCACCUUCAUGAGGUUAAUGAACCAUGUUCUGCGUCCAUUCUUAGGAAAAUUCGUGGUAGUUUACUUUGAUGAUAUCCUAAUUUAUAGCAAAUCUUAUAAUGAACACCUCGAGCAUAUUAGGGCUGUUAUGGAUGUACUUCGACGAGAGCAGCUCUAUGCCAAUCUCAAGAAAUGUAAUUUUUACACUAAUGAGCUUGUGUUUCUAGGGUUUGUUAUAAGUGCGCAGGGAAUGAAGGUGGAUGAUCAAAAGGUGAAAGCUAUUCAAGAGUGGCCAACACCAAGGUCUGUGGGUGAUGUUCGAAGCUUCCAUGGCCUUGCGGGUUUCUAUAGGAGAUUCGUGAGGGACUUUAGCACUAUUGCUGCACCCUUGACCGAGUUGAUUAAGAAGAAUGAGAACUUCCAUUGGGGAGAUUCUCAAGAACAAGCCUUUCGCGUUUUAAAGCACAAACUCACACAUGCACCUGUACUUGCUUUACCUGACUUUUCUAAGACAUUUGAGAUUGAUUGUGAUGCUUCAGGUAUUGGAGUUGGAGCUGUGUUGAAUCAAGGAGGAAGACCUAUUGCCUACUUUAGUGAGAAACUCAAUGGGGCUGCACUGAACUACUCAACUUAUGAUAAAGAGUUGUACGCCCUCAUUCGAGCACUACAAGUUUGGCAGCACUACUUAAGGCCUAAGGAAUUCGUGAUACACACUGAUCAUGAGUCCCUUAAAUACCUUAAGGCCCAGCACACCUUGAGCAAAAAGCAUGCAAGGUGGAUCGCAUUCGUGGAGUCCUUUCCGUACGUAAUUAAAUAUAAGGCUGGUAAGUCUAAUGUGGUUGCGGAUGCACUCUCACGAAGGUACUCUCUACUCACUUCCUUAGAUGCUAAGUUGUUAGGGUUUGAACUGAUUAAAGACAUCUAUGCCCAAGAUAGUGAUUUCGGUGAACUUUACCUUUCUUGCAAACACACUGGGCAAGGUAAAUUCUUCAUUUCCGAUGGUUACUUGUUUUAUGCUAAUCGGCUUUGCAUCCCACAUGGAUCCAUCUGCGAACUUUUGGUACGAGAAUCCCAUUCGGGUGGCCUUAUGGGACAUUUUGGGGUUGAUAAGACUCUUGCCAUGCUGCAGGAGCACUUCUAUUAG